AUGCAAGACAAAGCAAUGCCCGUCUCACGUGCCCCCCGCACAUUGCAGCUUCUUCUUGACAUGGCUCGAGCUCAAGAUGAUAACGAAUGUAUGCUAAUGAAUACUACCUUCCAUCAUCACAAUAGAAAGAAUGGUACAAGUAUUCGAUCAAGGAAUCGAUCAUUCUCGUAGAGAACUGCCUGGGUAUGGGGCUAAACCUCCAAAUCCACAAUGGCCAAAUGGAGCAAAAGUAUGCGUUUCAUUUGUGUUGAAUUACGAAGAAGGAGGUGAACAUGUGGUAGAUAAUCACAAGGGAAAGUCAGACGCAAGCACUUCCACCUUAAAUGGCGAUGAACAUGCAGAGAUGUUCUUGACGGAAUCAGGUGCAGCAGCAACAGUUCCAGGCGCUCAAAGAUAUGGAAGAAAUAUCGGAUUGGAAAGUGCUUAUGAAUUUGGUAGUCAUCGUGGAUUUCAUAGAAUCUUGGAUUUGUUCAAACGGUCAAAACUACGAUUCACAUCUUGGUCUAUCGGGCGUGCAGUGGAGCUGAAUCCACAAGUAGUAGGACAAAUGGAGGAGGCAGGCUGUGAAGUUGCAAGCCAUUCAUGGAGAUGGAUAGAUUACGAUAGCCUCUCAGAAGAGGAAGAAAGAGAGCAUGUCCGUAAAGCAAUCGAAACGAUUAAGAAAGCAUCUCCAAACGCGAAACCUCCGAUUGGAUGGUAUACAGGAAGACAAAGUCAGCGUACACGUAGAAUCGUGUAUGAGACAUACAGGGAAUUGGGCUUAUUGGAUCAAUUGUACGAUUCUGAUGCGUACGAUGAGGAUCUUCCAUAUUACAUUAAAUCCCCCUCGCCAAGCUCUUCGCAACCAUCUCCACCUCUCCUAGUGGUGCCAUACACUCUGGACAAUAACGACAUGAAAUUCGGUAUUACGCCAGGCUUUUGCACUGCUGAACAAUUUAGCUCGUAUUGUCGUGAUGCUUUAGACGUUUUAAUCGAAGAAGGUCAAAGAGGUCAACCAAAGAUGAUGUCAAUCGGAUUGCAUUGUCGUAUAAUCGGAAGGCCAGGAAGAUUUAAGGGUUUGCAAGAGUUUGUAAAUUAUGUCAAAGAGCGUGAACAAGCUGGAGACGUUUGGGUAGCUACCCGUGAAGAGAUCGCUCAACAUUGGCGCAAGGUUCAUCCUCCAUCAGAAUGAGGCUCAUCUUAAAUCACACAUGUAAUCACUCGCAAAGCACUUUCCAUUAUGCAUUUUUGAUAUAUUGUCUAGAGUACAGGAUGAUAAAG